AUGUGUGGUGGUGACAAAGAUACAUUUCGAUGGGCGAUGAGAAUGUUGGAUUUGGAUUUUGCGGUCAGUCCAAGAUGGAUGAGUGCAGUCGGUUUCAAAAACAAUUAUGAAGGCGAAAGAUUCUGUGGACACUCUGUACUACAAUAUGAUCUGGACACUCCGAAAGGCUUCACACGACCACCGCCCCUUUUUGUCCAUUCGAAUCUGCUAAAACACCUUGGGGGUAGUGGCUUAGGGAAGGGAAGCCUUUUCACUCAUAUACGUCGAAUGUCCAACGAUUACUCCUCCAAUCCUUCUUUGAAUUACGCACAUUCCUGGGUAUACAUGGGACAAGCUCGAGGGAUGUGCCUUGAUCUGGAAUGGCACGAUCACACACCUGACAACAUCAGGAACAAUGAAUGGCCGGAGACCAUCAUUGCUUUGGACGAAGAAGGCGGGGUGUUCGAUGGAUACGAGGAUGGCUGGUUUGAUGAAGGUGGGAGGAUUGGAGGUUGGUAA